AUGAUCGUCGGCGGUAAACUAGCAAAGGAGUAUGCGUGGCCUUGGCAGGUUGCUAUGUUCGAGGAUGGGGAGGUCAUCUGUGGAGGCUCCUUGAUUGACCCGUGGUGGGUCAUGACAGCUGCACAUUGCGUGUAAGUCAACGAUGAUGAGAUGAUGAUCGGUUCUAUCGAUACAACUGUAGACACUGAUGUCUCACAAGAACGUCAGGCCUCAAGAAUCAUUGUCCAUCCCAAGUACGACUUUAGAGAUGAUUAUAAUUACGAUAAUGACAUCGCUUUGUUUAAGAUGAACGGUUCGUUUACCCUCAGCGAAGAUUUCAAAGUGAAUACGAUUUGUCUUCCUACUGGCGACAUGGAAGACCAAUUCGUCGUCGGGCAGAAUGCAACAGUCACUGGAUGGGGAAAACUAAAAAGUGAAGAGGAAAAUUACCCUGAUAUGUUAUAUGAGGCAAAUGUUCCCAUCUAUAACUGGACAAAGUGCGAUCGGUCCCUAGCAGGGGAUGACAUCUUCACUGAUAACAUGAUUUGUGCAGGCUACGAAAAGGGCGGUGUUGAUGCUUGCAAGGGCGACAGUGGCGGCCCCCUGGUGGCGUAUCCAUCGAGUAACACCGACCAGUACUAUCAGAUUGGUGUGGUGAGCUGGGGGAAUGGGUGUGGCGAACCGAACUCACCCGGAGUCUACACCAGGGUCACACGUUAUGAAGACUGGAUUCGAUCUUUCUUUAACACCCCAACUCAAGAGUCAUCAAAUCCUAAUGAUUGUGGGAAAACAUACGAAGGAAUGAGCUCUAUGAUCGUCGGCGGUCACCCAGCAAAGGAGUAUGCGUGGCCAUGGCAGGUUGCUAUGUUCGAGGAUGGGGAAUUCAUCUGUGGAGGCUCCUUGAUUGACCCAUGGUGGAUCCUGACAGCUGCACAUUGCGU